AUGCCACCUAAAAGUCAAAAAUCAAUUACUGAUAAAUCGAGUGUCUACGGUGAAUUUGACAGUAUUUACCUUACUCCACGAGAAACAAGCGUUUCAUUAACAUUACAAGGCGAAACACCUGGACCCGGAGACUGGUUGUUUCUGGUUGUGUUUGAUGGUCAAAUAAUAUUAGAAGUAAAGUGGAUUAAUGAAGUCGUUCAUUUUAUACAAGCCCUCCCACUAGAUCUCAAGAAACCCAACGACCAAAGUUUGUUAGCAUCUUGCCCGUUGACCUUCCUUUUACGUGCUGUUGGUGGAAAAGGUGUGAAAGACCCUGAUCCUUUGAUGCAUAUCGAUAAUCGUAUUGGUGGAAAUGUUGAUUUAUUUCCCUUAGUGUUAGGGGAAGAAAAAAUAAUGGUCAAAACUCUCUUAUAUGUUAUAAGUACUGGAGAAAUAACAACGUGCUCGGUUACCGUACACGCCGAAACCAAUGGUAUAAUAGAAAAUAAUAGAGUGCCUUUGAUAAUGACGAUGAUUUCUGCUCACUGCCUCCCUGUGGCUAGAGAAGGUACUGUUUACUUAAGUGCGAUAGGAUUAAAUGACGUACACAAUCCUCCAGCUGUAAACUUUGGGAUGUCGUUAAGUUCAUCUUCAGCUAAAAAAGUUGUAUGGUCAUCUAUCAGUAAUGCUGCUUACGCCGCUAAUACGCAUUUUAAUGUUCCAAAAGAAGACAAGUACAUACCUGAGGAUUGCGAUCCUAAGAAUGGUGAAGCGUGUACUUGUGUCUAUUGGAAUUCCAUGAAACGAGUUCUUGUUGAUCCAAUCGCCUUACGAGAACGAUUAGAAAAUGGCUCUUUUUUAAUAGAAAUAGCUGGUGUUCCAAAGCAAGGCAAGAUUGACGUAAGGGGUCGAUACAUGACGUUUGUGGAUGUCGGUGUUUUGCUUGAACCUGGUCAGUACGGUGUUACUACGUGUGCUAACUUAGCAUACUUCAGCGAAAAUGACUUACCAGAACAUGUGGGACCACUACUGGAGUUGCCACCGACUAGUGCUAAAAUUAGUGUUAGGGAAUCUGACAUGGUGACCGAUGACUUUGGCCACACCGCGUAUAUUGUUGUAAGAUUUGAUUUAAGUGAAUGUUUGGUUCCUAAACGAAAAAUUGCCACACUUUACGAAACAUUAGGCUUUCCCGUGCCUGAAGGGCCUACAGGGCCUGUCGAUGAGUUGCGAGCCGAGCCUGCAGUUGAAGAUCCUACCAUAGAUGUUAAAAAAAUUAGAAAGGAAGGUGGCGCACUAGCGGUGCACAAAGAAUUAUGUGGAUUGUCUUGUAAAGGCACAAUACAAAUGAACCAAAGCAUAAAACGAACAGCAGCUAACCGUUUAUUGUAUCGCACGAGGUCGAUGCUUAAACAAUUUUCACCAGGCGAUUGUUCGAACAUUUAUUUGCAGGAUACUAUAACUGCUCAACAUGUUGCUUGUCGACGUGCUGUAACUUCAUCUUUUGCUCCACAACCACCCCUCCCUCGGCCUACAUCUCGAGUCGCGGCCGCAAGGAGUCGCAUAGCGUGUGACACAAGAAUCGCUAAUGAACACGUAGAAAAAAAUCUAAAGGCCUUGCAGAAGCACCCGAGACCACUGCUGUGUGACCACACUGAAGAAGCACAUGCAGCACUACGCAUAGCAGCUAAGGGUGAUGUUAGUGACGGUGUCACAAAUGCUAUCAGCUGGGCAGCAUUGCACGCGUUUUAUCAUUACAAUAAAAAUGGUUACGCAGCUUUUAUCGCUGCUAAAAAAAUGCGUAAAGCCUAUGAAUUGCCGCGAGAGUGGAAAAAGUUUCUCCAAAGAUGGGUUGAAACAAGCGGUGAAGAAGAAGCUCUUUGGCUACCGAACGUGAUCGAUAUAAGUAACCCACUGCUUAUAGCAUCAGCUUUCUUUCUGUGUUUACGGUGUUACCGGUUUAGCGAAAUGCUAUUACAAUGCGCCCAGAAAGGGUGCGCUGUACGUGGAUCUCGUUUAAACUUGAAGACGGUGAUAAAAGAAGAUAGUUAUUACGUUCAAGCUGCUGCUUUCUUGCUGAAAAGGAAAGUCGAUAACGCUUUGGAAGUGACGGAAAACGGGAUAAAAAAGUUUGGACCAUCGUCUAUGAUGUCACAAAUGCGUGCAACAUGUUUGAUGUACGCUCGAGGUUGGGAUGGUGACUGUGAGGAUAGUUUGGCUGAAGCAGACCGCGCUGGUGCUGAAAUACCACCUUCGUUGCUGUUGCGUGCAGCUUUAGGUGGAAUUAAGACUGAUCCUGAAGCGGCAUUACAGCGGGCGGCACGUGCGCACAAAUUGGCUCCCUCAGCAUAUUCAGCGUUAGCUAUUGGCCGUAUUUAUAUGAAUAUUGGAAAGGAGAGCCUAGCUGAGCGAUGGGUCGCAGCUGCAGUUAAUACAGAACCCUUGUUAGCUGAUGGGUGGGCUGUUUUAGCUCUUCUAGCAAUGAAGGAGAGAAAUUUAGAUAAAGCUAGAACCAUGCUCCGUACAGCAAAGCAAGCUGGGCCAGUCAGCCCAGAUAUUAAAGAUGACGUGAAGAAAGCGAUGAAAAUAGUGCGCUUAGAAGGUUUGCCAGAGAUGCUUGUCAAGGAUUUAUGUUUGUGUGAAUAUUAUUAA